CUGAAGAACACUUUUUGCGUCGAUGUGGGAUCAGCAGAACCUAAGUGUCCUCGGAUGUGCAAGACGAAGUUUAAACCAAGUACUAUGAAAGGUUUUCCUAUGUCAGAUGUGUAUGACAAACUCGGUACAACUAAGGUUAGUUAAAAUCUGAAAUGCAAACUAGAUAACAUGUUUAUUAUUUAUGUGUCAUGGAGGUUGUAUUAAUUAGAUUUUUUUAUGAUGCACAGGACAUUCAAAGUAUCUUGACUCCAUCUCCUGAUGAGGAAGAACUUUUGAAAAGCAUUAUGGAUGUUGAGCGUGGAUGGAAUGAUAAAGAUGAUGUAGUUGCUGAUGGUUGGCACAAGCGUCUAGUUGAUGAGGGAAGGAGUAUAUGUUUUGAAGAGAAAUUCAAUGAAGAUGUAGGCAACCGAACAUUUGAGGAAGCUGUGAUUAUGCCUACAAGAAAAGGCCGUCGGGGAAAGAAAGGCAAAGAGAAAGUGACUGAGCCUCCGAAUGAUGCAAGUAGUGAUGGAUUGGCUGAGCUUGUGUACACGUUGAAGACAACGUUGGAGAAUGGAUUUAAGGAUAUGCAUGAGAAGAUGAUGGAUCUCAGUAAAAAGUAUGAAGACCAAGAUACAAGACUCAAAACUAUAGAAGCAACAAUCCAAUCAAUCCAAGUCAGAGUUAAAAGUGGUGGUGCUAAAGAGAAAGAGGCGGAGAUAAAUCCAGUUGGGAAUGUUGAGGUUGACUAUAGUGAUAAAGAGGAUGAGGUUGGAGCAAAACAAGUGAAUGCAGUUCAAGAUGAGAGUGGUAAGGAUGGACCAAAUUCUGAAGAGUUAACCAAGGAGAAUGAAGGUGGUGAAAAAGUGAUGGAGAAGGAGAUGGAAAAAGAAAGGGCUGAAGAUGAUGAGAUGGAGAAUAGAUAG